UACAGGAAUUGAGGACAGAGGUCUUCCAAGUUCCUCUAGAGGAUUUCUUUUCUUUCCCUUCUGUGAUUUCAGACCCCCAUCUAUGUCUGCUGGAAGAAUCAUUAAGUCUGAGCUCUGAGCUCCUUCCUCUUACCAGACCUGAUACUGACUCUAAGGGGAAGGGAGAGUUAGCAGGAAACUACUUCUCUUUUCCUUCUUGAAGGGGGUGUGUCCUGGGCUUUUCUGCUUGCAGAGGCAGUAAUGUGUGCCUGGAGUUGCUGAUUAAUCAGUGCACCUUUAUUCAUGCAGUGAGUUGCUGUAGUUCAGAUAUUAAUAUUCUCCUUUCAAACAGCAGAAGAGGUGACUGUGCCACAAGACCACUGGAAGAAAGGCUCCCUCGAGCUGUGAUGUGAAGAGAGGAAUCACCAGAUCAGAGAGCAGUGGGGGGCACAGCUGGCAGAAAUGACAGUAUUGCAUCAAGUCUGAAGCACACCCAGUAACAGAGUUGUAGACUAUGAGACUGCCAGUUUACAUUCAGCCCAGGGAAGAGGAGAAGGACUGUCGAAGAUGAGAGUUGGAGUGCUGUGGCUCAUCUCUUUAUUCACUGUCACUGAGGGUCACACUGGCUUCCUGGAGCAGAGAGAUGUUUACAUCAAAACAAAAAAAGAGAUCACUAUGAAUAAGGAAAAGCAUCCAGGCCCAGUCCAAGAAUAUGAACUGCUGCUUCAGGUGGGCUAUAGAGAUUCCAAGGAGAAAAGAGACCUGAAAAAUUUUCUGAAACUCUUGAAGCCUCCAUCACUAUGGUUACAUGGCCCAAUGAAGAUUAUCAGAGCAAAGGCUACCACGUACUGUGGCAGCCUUCAUGGGGGCUUGCGAUGUGCCUGUGAAGAAGAUUACAACUGGUUUCCUCCUUCAUGCCUUGAUCCCCGGAACUGCUACCUUCACAUGGCUGGAUCACUCUCGAGCUGUGACUGUCAUCUCAACAACCUUAGCGAGAGUGUCAGUUUCUGUGAGAGAACAAAGGUUUGGGGCACUUUUAAAAUUAAUGAAACAUUUAAAAAAGACCUUCUGAAUUCAUCUUCUGCUGUAUACUCCAAAUAUACAACUGAAAUUGAAAUUCAACUUAAAGAAGCAUACAAAGGAAUUCAAGGGUUUGAAUCAGUUCAGGUCACCCAGUUUCGCCAGUCAUCAUGCCCAGCUCUUAUACCUCCUACCAGAAGUAACCCGUGGUCUAAUUUCUAUCACCAUAGAGAUGGAAGCAUCAUUGCUGGGUAUGAAGUUAUUGGUUCCAGCAGUGCAUCUGAGCUGCUGUCAGCCAUUGAACAGGUGACUGAGAAGGCUAAAGCAGCCCUUCACAAGUUGUUUCCACUAGAAGACAGUUCUUUCAGAGUGUUUGGGAAAGCCCAGUGUAACAGCAUUGUCUUCGGAUUUGGAUCUAAGGAUGAUGAAUAUAUCCUCCCCUGUAGCAGUGGCUACACUGGAAACAUCACAGCCAGGUGCCUGUCCUCUGGGUGGCAAGUUCUCAAAGAGACUUGUGUUCUCCUUCAGCUGGAAGAACUGAAGAAGAAUUUCAGUGUGAUUGCAGGCAAUGCCACUGAGGCAGCCAUGUCAUCCUUGGUGCGAAAUCUUUCAGUCAUCAUUCAGCAAAGUCCAUCAACCACAGCUGGGAAUCUGGCAUCAGUUGUGUCGAUUUUGGGCAAUGUUUCAUCCUUGUCUCUGUCAAGCCAAUUCAGAGUGUCCAAUUCAACAAUGACGGAUGUCAUCAAUAUAGCUGACCAUAUUCUAAAUUCAGCAUCAAUAACUAAUUGGACAGUCUUGCUGCAAGAAGAAAAGCAUGCCAGCUCACGGUUCCUAGAGACAUUGGAAAACAUCAGCAGUCUGGUGCCUCCAACAGCUCUGCCUCUAAAUUUUUCUCAUAAAUUCAUUAACUGGAAAGGAAUACCAGUAACCAAAAGUCAACGCAAAGAAGGCUACAACUACCAGAUCGAAAUGUUUCCAGAAAAUAGCUCCAUUCCCAUCAGAGGCGAUCUGUUAAUUGGGUCAGGUCAAUUCCAGAGAUCCCUUCCAGAAACAAUUAUCAGUAUGGCUUCAAUGACCUUGGGAAAUAUUCUACCUAUUACCAAAAAUGGAAGUGCUAAGGUCAAUGGCCCUGUAAUAUCCACAGUUAUCCAAAACUAUUCCAUAAAUGAAAUUUUCCUGGCCUUUUCUAAGAUAGAGUCCAACCUGACCCAGCCUCAUUGUGUGUUUUGGGAUUUUAGUCAUUUGCAGUGGAAUAAUGAAGGCUGCCACCUGGUGAAUGAAACUCUAGACACGGUUAUGUGCCGAUGUACUCAUCUGACCUCCUUCUCCAUACUGAUGUCACCCUUUGUCCCCCCUGUGAUCAUCCCCAUUGUGAAGUGGAUCACUUAUGUGGGACUGGGUAUCUCCAUUGGAAGUCUCACCUUAUGCCUGAUCAUUGAGGCUCUGUUUUGGAAGCAGAUUAAGAAAAACCAAACCUCACACACACGCCAUGUUUGCAUAGUGAACAUAGCCCUAUCCCUCUUAAUUGCUGAUAUUUGGUUUAUUGUUGGUGCUACUGUGGACAACACGACAAGCCCUUCUGGAGUCUGCAUAGCUGCAGUGUUCUUUACACACCUUUUCUACCUCUCUUUGUUCUUCUGGAUGCUUGUACUUGGCAUCUUGCUGGCUUAUCGAAUCAUCCUUGUCUUCCAUCACAUAGCCAUGCCUUUGAUGAUGGCUCUUGGGUUCUGUCUGGGCUAUGGAUGUCCCUUCAUCAUAUCUGUUAUCACAAUUGCAGUUACACAGCCAAGCAAUAAUUACAAAAGGAAAGAUGCGUGUUGGCUUAACUGGUCAGAAGGAAGCAAACCUCUGUUAGCUUUUGUUGUUCCUGCCCUGACUGUUGUAGCCAUGAAUUUGGCUGUGGUACUAUUAGUUCUCAUGAAGCUCUGGAGGCCAACUGUUGGAGAACGACUGAAUCGAGAGGACAAGGUCACUGUCAUUCGUAUGGGAAAGAGCCUUCUUAUUUUGAGCCCUCUGCUAGGGCUUACCUGGAGCUUUGGUAUAGGAACAAUGGUAGACAGUCAGAAUCUGGCUUGGCAUGUUAUUUUUGCUUUACUCAAUGCAUUUCAGGGUUUUUUAAUUUUAUGUUUCGGGAUGCUUUUGGAUAGUAAGCUGCGACAAUUUUUGAUUAACAAGUUGUCUCCAAUAAGUUUCUGGAAAGAAACAUCAAAGCAAAACUCAUCAGAUUUAUCUGCCAAACCCAAAUUCCCAAAGCCUUUCAGUAUGCUGAAAAACAAAGGCAACUAUACACUUUCUCAUACUGGAAACUCCUCCAAUGACAUCAUGCUAACUCAGUUUUUAUCAACUGAAUAAUGCCUGGAACUUCAAACGAAGGAAAACAUUUUGGAGCAAUUUGAUAUUUAGAGCAAGUCAGUGAGAAAUUGGGCUCAGUAUUAACUGGGAUUUUCUGAUUUCAUAGUCUAGGAGUGAAACAAGUUUUCAGCAGUUUCAUCGCUGCCUUCUUUAUCUUCAAUUUAGCAAAAAGAAGACUUAUUUCCACAUGGUUUAAUUUACAGAAACUAUUCCAUAAAUGUAGAAGAAUAGAUUUUUUGGGAAAUUGUGUCAAUUGUACCUUCCUUUUGUCACCAUAUCGUAGUCUUUUUAUUUUUUCCCAUGAAGUAUCAUUAUUUAUAUAACAUUUCCCAUCAUCUAGAUUGGAGUAGGAAAACUUCAUGAUAUAGCCUAAGAAAAUUGAUAGACCAUGUUCACUUUCUUGUCAAAAGUCAUUGGUUCAAAUUUCCUAGAGAAAAGAUAUUUCCCUUCAAUAUUUUCCAUUUUUAUGCCCCCC